CAGAUUCCCAAAUGGAGUCCAGUAGGCACCAGGCUCAUGACUGUUGAUUGCAUUGACCACGUGGAUGUUAUCAGCCAUGAAAAAGUUCCUCUCUUUCAGAUGUAAAGCUAGUCAAGUUUUGCUCUUUGUGAUCCACUUUUCUCCCUUGUGAGUUUCUAACCAGAAACAAAAAGAACCAGUGAAAAACUGAAAUGGAAUCGUCUUUGGAGCUUAAAUAAUCAAUCUCUUGGGUCUUUAAGUUAACAAAAACAAUUUCAGGCUUUCAGCUUACCAAAGCUUGAAGAAAAUGGCCAUGGCACCUACAGUAAAGCUGGUUCUUGGUUCGGUAGCUUUUGGAAUCUUCUGGGUAUUGGCUGUUUUCCCUGCUAUCCCUUUUCUACCAGUUGGGAGAACAGCAGGUUCCCUCCUUGGAGCCAUGUUAAUGGUCUUAUUCCGGGUGAUAACCCCAGAUCAGGCCUAUGCUGCUAUUGAUCUCCCAAUUCUGGGUCUUCUUUUUGGGACAAUGGUUGUCAGUGUUUAUCUCGAACGUGCAGAUGUGUUCAAAUAUUUGGGCAAGUUAUUAGCCUGGAAGAGUAGAGGAAACAAGGACUUGCUUUUCAGAAUCUGUUUGAUUUCUGCCAUUUCAAGUGCCCUUUUCACCAAUGAUACUUCUUGUGUUGUUUUGACUGAAUUUGUGUUGAAAAUAGCAAGACAACAGAAUCUUCCCCCUCAUCCAUUUCUGCUUGCUCUUGCUUCAAGUGCCAAUAUAGGUUCUUCGGCUACUCCAAUCGGUAACCCUCAGAAUCUGGUUAUAGCUGUGCAAAGUGGGAUUUCGUUUGGGCAAUUUGUUACUGGAAUUCUCCCUGCAAUGCUCAUGGGAGUUGUCAUGAAUGCUUUGAUUCUUCUUUGUAUGUAUUGGAAGUUGUUAUCUGUUCGUAAGGAUGAAGAGGAUGCAACUUCUGAAGUUGUAGCAAAUGAAGAUGUGACCUCUCAUCGAUUUUCUCCUGCAACGAUGUCACAUUUAUCAUCAUUGAACUCUCAAGAUUUGACCUUUAUUAACUCACAGGGAUCUUCUAAUGUGAAUAUCAACACAGGCCACGUAGAUCAUUCGAUUAGGAACCGAAAUGGUUUGAGUGAGAGUGAAAUAAACAGAUCAUCUAGUAGUGCUUUUGAGUCCGCAAGGAACUCGAGUGCAUCAAAAGAUGUGACUAGUGAUGUAUCUUCGCAGAAAAGAGAUGAGACCGAAAAGAAUGAAACAUCCAUGGAAUCCUUUACGGAUGCGUUUUCGUUUCAGUCUUUCGAUGAAAAGGAAACCAAAACAAUGAGGUGGAAAAGAUUGUUUUGGAAAUCAUGUGUUUAUCUUGUUACUAUAGGCAUGUUGAUUUCUUUGCUUAUGGGUCUGAACAUGUCUUGGACUGCAAUCACUGCUGCUCUUGCUCUCAUUGUUCUUGAUUUCAAAGAUGCUCGGCCAUGCCUAGAAAAGGUAUCCUAUUCACUUCUAAUUUUCUUUUGUGGGAUGUUCAUAACCGUUGAUGGCUUCAACAAAACUGGAAUUCCUAGCGCCUUAUGGGAUUUGAUGGAACCUCACGCAAAGAUUAAUCACGCUAGUGGAGUAGUAGUUCUUGCCCUGGUCAUACUCCUCCUAUCAAACUUGGCUUCGAAUGUCCCAACUGUGCUCUUGCUUGGAGGAAGAGUUGCUGCAUCGGCGGCUGCAAUUUCUGCGGCCGAUGAAAAGAAGGCAUGGCUGAUCUUAGCAUGGGUGAGUACGAUCGCCGGAAACCUCUCCCUUUUAGGGUCGGCGGCCAAUCUGAUAGUCUGCGAACAAGCUCGACGAGCACCUCAUCUGAGUUACACCUUAACUUUCUGGAAGCACCUUAAAUUUGGAGUUCCUUCUACUCUUUUAGUCACUGCCAUUGGUUUGAUGUUCAUAAGAUGAUGAUGUAUCAAUUGUUCCUCAUAUUUUCAGUGUGAAAAUUUUAAUAAGAUCAACUUUUUGGGUUAUAAAUGUAAAAAAAAAAAAAAAAAAAAA